CCUCUGAUCAGCUUGGGGUUACAGAGCACUUCUCAUGCUCUGCACGCAGGGUUUUCAGGAAGCGACUUAAAUGCAUCUUGAUUUUUACAUGCUUGAGCUCCUCCAGUUUACAACUUUUGGCUGACCAAAAAGUCGAACUACGUCGUCGGCACAGGGGAACCAGAGUCGCUGGCCGGCGGGUGAUGCUCUGCAGUGAAAACGUAUUUUCUACUCCAAUCUCUUCGAAAACUUCGCUGACGCGCCCUCAACGUCUGGAGUAUAUCAUGCCCGGGGAUAAGUGGUACGACGUCAACCCGUCUUUACCCUGAACAUUGGUUUUUGUAUGGAUCCUCUUGUGUUCGAGGUUACAAAUAGUGUCGAACUGUUCGGCUUGAUUUCGGGCAUUAUGAAGGAUUUCAGGCUCAGCCCCUAGCUCUAAGAUGUCAUGUACGAGUCCCGAAAGGUGUUAUAGGAUCGUCUGGUCGAGGCUAUCCCGCUCCUUCAUCUCAGACUUUGGAGACGAGUUUGCGCAUCCGACAUUUCAUUCCACUGCUCUCCAGUCAAUACCGUCCCACCAAUAUCUUUUCCGCCAUCAAUAUGGCAAUCUUGAUCAACUAAACCAAUCGCAAAAUCGUACCUCGUUAGUCAAUAUGCUCAUUUCGUUAAUCACCAUCCUGAUCACCACCUUCGCAGCCGCUUGUGGUGCCAGCCCAUUGACGACGGCCCCCGACUCAUAUUGCAAAGACCCAGACAGCUACUCAUACUGCCUCCGAAGCAUGUCGGUGGUCGUGUGCGAAGGUUGCCGCCAAAAACUCCACCGAGAUUUCACCCCGUCCCAUUGCGAAGAGGUCGACGAGGUGCCCGUUGCGCUGCUCACCCAGCACCACCAACAGACGAUUCCUUCAGCAUCAAGGAUUUUUGACUUGACAAUAUAGGCAUCGAGGAUGUUACAUUUUCGCCAAACGAUCAAAGGCAUUUUCCAAGAUUCAGAAGACCUAGAUCUCCAGUAGAAAUCACUCAAGUCCUAGGAGGAAUCCAAACUACAGGGGUGCGAAAUUUAGUUCAACACAUCAUUGCAUAUCGCUAUGAGAAAAUAGAGAUGCAAUAACGUCAGAUUGUAUACUGGUGUCCUAGAAAUUACUCAUCCAACCAGUCAGCCAAUGAUAAUAGGUUUAUUGUCACAUCGAGGCCAGAGGCACCACUCCAACUCGGUUAUAAUCCCGCCGUUUCGUUCACCUACUCUU